AUGGCUAGCGCAGCAGAGCAAAAGGCGUUUGCCCAGCUUGUGCUUGCCCUCUCCAACGUGGUCCUCACCAAUGUCAAGUCACGCGGCUCGGUCGACGUCGACGCAGUGGCCGGCACUCUCCGCGACAGGUUCUACAGCGACAUGCCGAGAGAAGAGUUUGUGGCGAUGCGCGAGUCUGUGCUGGCGGUCUUGCGGCAAGGCGUGGCGGAGAUCUGGUCGGUGACGCAGCUGGAGGAGGCGCUGGCACCGAUGGAUAUGCCGGCAUAUCAGAAGAAGCUGUUUCUGAGAGUGUGGCAUCGUCAGCAGGAAAAGAUCCGGUUGGUUGUCUCCGAGGCGUCGCGGUUCGGUAACUCGCUGCUGGACAUGUCGUGGCGCGUGGACGCGCUGUCGGCGUCCAAGGCGCGCGAGUCGCUCUCGGGUGCGACGUGCAUUGUCGAACUUCUGGUCUCGAACGAGAACAAGGCGGCCGAGGCGCGGCGGGCGGCGGCGGCGGCAGCGAUCAUCCGCGCACGGUCGGACCAGUCUGUCGACGCCAAGGACGUGCCACCGCUCUCGGUCGCGGCCACCCACGACGUCGUCACGUUUGAGAUGGACCAAGCGCAGCUGGAGCAGACCCUCCUUCAAGUCCGUGCCAUCAAGUCGUUCAUCUCAUCUCAGACUGCUGGUGGGAGCGCUGCCAGCGCGCCCGAUGCUGGGACCAGCGCCGAGCCGGACGUCGAUGCUGGUGCCGCCGACGACGAGUAGCAAGCAGUGAGUACAUGAAUCGCAGGCACAGAUGA